CAAGCAUUUUACGUUCGUCGUGGUCCUACGUACUGUAUGUAACACACGUUCCAGUUUUCGUCCAAACUCAACAGAAACGUCAACAUUUGUAUUUCGUUACGUAAAUGGCUAAUUACACCACUCAUAUUUAACCAAUAUUUCCUCCAUUCGAUACAGAUUUAUAUUCGCAAAAUAAUGGCAAACAAGGACAGAAACAAAACGAUUUUGCUGGAAUUGGGGAAACUGCCAGAAAACAACCAAUGCGCAGACUGUAGCGCGCCGGAUCCUGACUGGGCGUCCUAUAAGCUGGGUGUAUUUGUGUGUCUGAACUGCUCUGGAGUGCACCGCAACCUGUCCAACAUCAGCCGCGUUAAAUCCAUACGGCUCGACUUCUGGGAUGACGAGCUAGUGAAGUUCAUGAAAGCCAAUGGAAAUGCCACAGGCAGAGCCAUCUAUGAGAAAGCAGUCCCAGCAUUCUACUACCGGCCCCAGCAAGAAGACUGUGCCGUCUUAAGGGAGCAGUGGAUAAGAGCAAAAUAUGAGAGGAUGGAAUUUACCGGCGAGACAAAGUAUCCCCCACUGGCCUACACGACAGGUUUCUAUGAAGGGAUGCUGUGGAAGAAGGGGAAGGAGAAGGGACAGUUUCAGAGAAGGAAGUUUGUUCUGUCUGAGAAGGAAUUCACCCUGGCUUACUUCAACAAGGAGGAUCCGUCCAAAGGGCCCAAAGCGCUCAUCUCCAUCAAAGACGUGAAUGUGACCUUUCAACCUGAGAAAAUUGGUCACGCCCAUGGUCUGCAGAUUACCUACCAGAAAGACAGCCACACCAGAAGUAUUUUUGUCUACCACGAAAGUGGAGAGGAGAUUGUCAACUGGUUCAAUGCCAUUCGAGCUGCUCGCUUUGCCUACCUGAAAACAGCAUACCCCACAGGAAGUGAUAAAGAAUUGAGGACUAGAAUUACCAGAAACUACCUCAAAGAAGGAUACAUGGAGAAGACAGGUCCUAUGCAAAAGGAGACGUUCAAAAAGAGAUGGUUCAUCUUGGACUCCCAAGACAGGAAGCUCCUUUACUUCAAAGGCCAGCUGGAUGCUGAGGAGCUGGGAGUUGUGUUCCUCGGCACAGAGACCAAUGGUUACUCAGUGAGUGAGUGCAUUCCCAAAAGGACCAGAGGCAACCGGUGGAGGUGUGGAGUCACAGUGGACACGCCGGACCGCCAGUUUGUCUUCAUGUGUGAGCAGGAGAGGGAACAGAGAGAGUGGGUGGAGGCCCUCAGAGAGGUCAUCUCUAAACCCAUGCAGCCCCAGGACUACACCAGUAAGAGCCAUGUCACCAGUAUUCACACCACAGGAGACUCCUGAGGGGAGGACGGCUCAUAAUAAUGGGCAGAACGGAGCGGAUGGAAUGGCAUCAAACACAUGGAAACCAUGGAAACCAUGUGUUUGAUGUAUUUGAUACCAUGCCACUGAUUCCGCUCCAGCCUAUUCCACGAGCCUGUCCUCACACACACGAGCCUGUCCUCACACACACGAGCCUGUCCUCACACACACGAGCCCGUCCUCACACACACGAGCCCGUCCUCACACACACGAGCCCGUCCUCACACACACGAGCCCGUCCACACACACGAGCCCGUCCUCACACACACGAGCCUGUCCUCACACACACGAGCCCGUCCUCACACACACGAGCCCGUCCACACACACACGAGCCUGUCCCACACACACACGAGCCUGUCCUCACACACACGAGCCUGUCCUCACACACACGAGCCUGUCCUCACACACACGAGCCCGUCCUCACACACACGAGCCUGUCCUCACACACACGAGCCUGUCCUCACACACGA